AUGAACGCCGUGAAUAUGCAAGUAAAAUGGUUAGACAAAGGAAUAAUCAAACCUAGCAAAUCUGAUUUCGCCUGUCCUGUAGUUCUGGCUGCUAAAAAAGAUGAGUCACGUAGAAUAUGUAUAGAUUAUCGACGAUUUAAUAAAAAGAUAAUUAAAGAAAGAUUUCCCUUACCUAUAAUAGAAGACCAGAUAGACAAAUUGAAGGAGGCUAAAAUAUUCACGUCCCUUGAUCUGAAGAAUGGUUUUUUACACUCCCCAAGGCCAUAA